CUGUUAAUCAUUUGCUGGCCAGCUUCUCAAUAGAGAUUACAUGAGCAGCAGUGCUGUGUGGGGCAACUUCUGUUCGCAAGGUUUCUUUUUUUUGUUAGUAAUAGUGUGCCUUCCAGUUCUUAACUGCAUUUUAAGUCCUGCCUCUGUGAUUCCGCAGCUUGCUUUGACCAUCGGCUACAAUGGCUAUUGAAAUGUUCACAGUCUCAGUCAUGUUCUGAAUGUUUUAUGAUAUAAUGGCACUAGGACCCAGUGGCAGCUUAAAGGGGCUUGCUGAACUCUGCUUUAAAUCCAGCUGAAGACACAAACACUCUCUCUCACUACAGCAUACAUCCCAUUCAGGACUUUACAAGCAGCCCAGGAAAAGCUGCAUCAGCCUGGGGGUGAAGUGAACACUGAAGCCAGCGAUGUGAGUUACACAACAGGAUCUGCAAAACCUUGAAGGAGCUCAUUAAUCUUACUGACCUCAAUCCUCUCCUCAGUUUCUGUGCGUAAGAAAAGCAAUGCUCCAGCUUUGUAAGAUCACAGACUCCUUGUUUAUCAGCAAUGCCCGGUCUGCUUGCAGCGAUGAGCUGCUCUCCCAGGAGGGGGUCACCAUGUGUAUCAAUGUCUCCAAACAGCAGCCUUUCCCCAGUCUGCGGAUCAGCACCCUCCGAGUUCCUGUUUACGAUGACCCCGGGGAAAAUCUCUACAAGUAUUUUGACCGCUGUGCUGAUGCCAUUGAGAGCACGGCUAACUCUGCUGGCUGCAGUGUGGUUUACUGCAAGAACGGCCGGAGCAGGUCAGCGUCUAUCUGCGUGGCAUACCUGAUGAAGCACAAAGGGCUGUCCCUGCAGGACGCCUUUGACUCUGUCAAGGCAGCCCGCUCUGUGGUGGAGCCCAACGAAGGGUUCUGGAGACAGCUUCAGAGAUAUGAGAGAGAGCUGGAGGGCCGGAGAUCAACGGACAGCACCAACGGAGACCUCCUUAACAACAGACAGUCUUCCCAGCAGCAGGAGGCAGCACUGGGUCAACACAAGACCUGAGACUGGGCUUCCCCUGGAAAACCAAAACAAGUCAAAGCUGAUUUCACAUUGCUUUUUAUAAAUCUAGGAGCACUCCAGCCAGUUACUCACUUUUUUUCAUUUGCCAGGUUAAUGAUUGGUCUCAGUUAACUGCUCUGGAUUUUAGCCUCUUGUGUUGUCUUCGUUACAGAAAGACUGUAUGUUUUCAAAUUAAUUGGCACACACACACAGCUUGUGUUUUUUUUAUUAUUUUAUUUUUUAAAACAAGUCGCUGAAUCACAGUAUACAGUGUGAAAUAUAUGGUACAGUAUAUAGGACCCCAUUUACACACUGUUUGUGUUGGUGUUAGUAACAUUUCUGUCUUAAUAUCAGUACAAAUACUCUUCUUCAGCAAAUGAUAUAACUCACAAAGGUCAGUCUGUGUGCUUGAAUUAGUGCUAUUAACACGUUUUCUUCAUAAUGCUUUGUGAACGCAUUUGGGGCGUUCCCGUGUUAAUUGUCUAAUCUGAGCAUCAGAAUUAUGAGAGGAUCUUAGACCUGACCUGGAAUCUACUACCAGGUGAUCAUAUGCAGUGUCUGUGUUUGAUGAAAUAAAUAGGCUACAUUGCAUCUUUAUUACAUUUCUAUUUCAUACACAUGUACUAGUGGGUAACCCUGUAGGCACCAAAACAAACAUACAAAACAAACUCUGUAUAAUGUGAAGGCUUGCAUGUAGUUCGACUGGUGACAUGCAACAUCCUAUCCUAUCACAUUCCCACAUUACAAAUACGCACACACCCACUGUAUACAUAUGAAUAUAGGUUAUACACAAAAAAUGAAAUAAAAGUGCAAUAGUUUUUGUAUUAUAUUGCUUAUUUAAACAAAUCAGGAGAUACAGUGCAUAUCAUUAGUGAUUGUCUGAGGAGCGGAUGCCAAUUCCUUCCAUGCUUUCCAUGUUCAUAGUUGAUUCCAAAGUGGGUUAAAUAUAUCCACAGGUGGUCCACCACCCAGCAGAUUUUUUUUGCCAAUGCUAAUUUUUCUUUAGUUUUUCGCUUUAAGACUAUCCAUCCUCUUUUUGUUUGACCAACAGCAUUAAAUUUUUUGCCAUAUUGAAUUCCAAAUUAAUUGAAAAUAUCACUGGCUUAAAACGUAAAAAGAGCAAAAUGUGUACAAAGGUUAAAAACAAAUAAACCCAUCUCAAGCAGCACUAAUUAUAACGCCUACUGCCUUUCUGAAACAAAUAAAAGAAGACAGAUUAAAUGAAUCCACAUCACAAGGUAGGGUGACCAGAUGUUCCAGUUUAGCCAACAAAGGUCCCGGUGUCCAGACGAUUUGCUAAAAUUCUCAAAGUCCUGGUUUUCACAAUCACUAAAUAAUUGUAGACAUCUAUUUCUUGUAAUUUAUUUUCCUCAUCCAGAAAAGCAAAACUUUUGAUGAAAAAGAUUUUUGCUAAACUUCUAUGUUUUCAGGAAAGUAUACAUUUCCAUUAAGGUAUGUAAAGUUUUGACUCCAACUGUAUGUAAUCAAGAUGUUCUUUAAAUAGCCCUCUUGUCUA